GGGGGGAAAUUUGUGUCAGAAAGUGUUUGAUGAUCAUCAUGUUUGUCAAGCCCCACAGCUGCCUCCAAACAUACGUAGUUUAUGAAAACUUGCAUUACAGAUGGCAGGUGGAUGUGUGAUGUUUCGAAGCAUGUGGUCUCAUUAGUACAUUAGAAAUGGAUAUGUUGUUUAUAGACAGUUGUAAUUGAUCGAUAUGUGCACCAGUUAACCAUGUGGACUAACAGUAAAAUGUUUAUGACUUGCCAGUCAUACAGUGUUUAAUCUAAACUGAGGUCAGGACCUCUUUGUUUUUGAAACAGAAACAUCUCUCUGACGGCCCCCGGGGACACAUGUAGUGAUUCACUCUUUCCUAUGAAAUGGAGGAACUGAAACGUCUGUUAGGCACUCUGCAUUCAUUUCAUAAAUCCUUCCGUCACAUCCCUCCUCUGUGUCUCGCAGUUCUGUUUGUGUCACAAACACAAGUGUAGGGGAGGGUAGCACAGCAGCAGGUCUCCACAUCUCUCACCCUGAUACAGCCAUGACCAAGAAGGACUGUCCUGCUGGCAGCCACUGGGACAGCCUCGUCAAAGACUGUGUCCCUGGUGGGAUGGAAAGCAGACCUGAACCUGAAUUGCCAACAGAGCCAACUCUGCCAGUUGUGAUCCAGCUGAGAUCCACAGAACGCACAGCCCAGGUCAACCCGGUGAUGGUGCUCAGUCCAGCUCUGUGGAUCUUUGUGGUGCUGGCCACACUGGGGUCCAUCUUGACUCUGGCUCUCUGGUUUAUCAUAUACAGACGUCAGAACAGCCUCAGCAGCACCUCAGAGGACGCAGAGCAGCAACAGGAACCUCCUCAGAAAACGGAGCCACCUGCCAUUAUCCACUCUCAGCCUUUGCAGGGAAACGGUCAUGCACACAUGCUGCAGAGAGGAGCAGCGGCCCCUUCACCCUGCUCUCACCCUCACCUCGGGGCCCAGGCCGGCUCACAGUGGGAGGGGAGCCUCGCCUCAAACAGGGACCCCACAAAGUAUGCUGGGACAGAUGGGGGCAGAGGGCUGCCAACAUGCAGCACAGUGAGGGAGCACAGGAUCCCACUUCCUGCCACAGAGCUGGGUGGCACUGCGUUAGUAACAACUAAAACUAUGUAGGGCCGUGUGUGUGUGUGUGUGUGUGUGUGUGUGUGUGCGUGCGUGCGCGUGUGUGUUCUUAGGCUUUUUUCUACUAAGACUUUUCGACUCUGCUCAUUGUGGUGAGUUUUCUGUCAUUUGCUGUACAUCUUUCUUUUCCACCAUUUUUUUAAUGGAUUUUUGAAUUCUGAAUUUUCUGUUGUUCUCUAUU